UAGAGCACACUGAACCUAUCAAAAAUCGUAAAUAUAACUUCUAAAUAAAACCAUAAAUUAAUUAAAAGCAAAGAAUAAAAACCAACUUCAAGAACAUUUUUAUUAGCAAUACUGUAAAAUGUGUUAUAAACAUUAGUUUGGAAGACUUCAGGGCCUCGAAAGUCAUCAAUAAAUCACAGCAAUGAGCAGCAACAAUGGCAACGAGCAGUCGCAACAGCAACAGCAACAGCAGCAGGUGCAGCCAGCAACAGCAACAGCAGUUGCAACUGCAGCUGCAACAACUGCCCAGCCGGAGGCCACUGCAGCUGGAUCCGCCACAGGAUCGGGAUCGCAGGUUUCGCGACCUGCCACGGCGCCAGCUCGCUCCAGCAACAACAACAACAACAAUGCCCCCAGCAGCAGCAACACCACCUUCUACAGGGUGAAUCUCAGCAGCACAAACAGCAGCAACCUCAACAACAACACUAGAAGCAGCAGCAGCAAUGCCAACCAAGCCAGCAACAACAACCACCAUGAGAGCAGCAGCAACAGCAACACCACCUUGGUGGUCAACACCAGCAGCACCACAGCAGCAACACCAGCCGGAGGAGCAACUGCAGCAGCAGCAGCAGCAACAACGGCCACCAACAACAACAACCACAUCUAUGUGAAUCCCCACAGCUACGACAGCAGCACCACGGGCAGCGUGAGUGGCUCCACGGCGGUGAUGUUGCCGCUGCCACUCAGCCUGCCACUCAACCUGCAACACCAGCCAGCGGCAGCAACAGGGGGAGGAGGAGCAGCAGCAGCAGCCGCACUCGAUGCCCAGCAGCAACACCCUCUGGGCAGCAACAGCAACACGGGAGCCAUCAGUCGCAUCGGCACCCUCACGGGCACCGGCACCUCCACCUCCACCACCCUGAGCACCCUGAACACAUAUCUCUUUCCCUGCGGCGCCGACUCGGCGGCCAGCAGCUGCGAUCUGGACAGCAACUUCAGCCAGAUGCUCGGAGCAGGCAGCGAGGGUGGAGCGAGCAGUUCGCUCAGCCAGGUGACGGCGCCGGCGGGAGCGGCCACGGUCCCGGGAUCGGGAUCGGGACUGGGCCUGGGCGUCCAGCUGGGACUGGGUUUCAUCAACAGCCGGCGGCGCAUACGGCGACUCUUUGGGGUGGGUGAGAUGAUGCCGGCGGUGGCCACGCCCACGCCCUAUGCCGCCGCCCUGCGACGUCGCAGCUCGCAGAUAGUCCAGCUGACCAAGAAGCGCGAGAAGGAGCUGGAGGAUCUGGAGCAGCAGCAGAGGAUAGCCACGGUGGCCUCGGCCAAUGCCGCUUUCCUGGAGCGCCGCGAGCAGCAGCAGCAGCAGCAACUGCAACAGCAGCAGCAUCAGGCGCAGCAGCCACAUCUGCAGUUCGCCUUCAAUCCGCUGCAGCCGGAGGCUGGGAAGAAGAAGAAAAAGAAGCCUCCUGGACCGCCGGCCCACACGCGACAGCAGUCCUCGCGCACCAUGGACGAUCCCAUGAUGAAUCGACCGCGGAAGGCCACGCCCGCGGCCAGCAAGAAGAAGGACAAGGGAUCGGAGAACCCCUAUGAGAAGUCUUUGCCCAAAUUGAGCAGUCAAGACGAAGAAGGGGGGGCUGGUCAUGGCUUUGGUGGCGGACCGCAACACUUUGAACCCAUUCCUCACGAUCAUGAUUUCUGCGAAAGAGUCGUUAUAAAUGUAAGCGGAUUAAGGUUUGAGACACAACUACGUACGUUAAAUCAAUUCCCGGACACGCUGCUUGGGGAUCCAGCUCGGAGAUUACGGUACUUUGACCCGCUUAGAAAUGAAUAUUUUUUUGACCGUAGUCGACCGAGCUUCGACGCGAUUUUAUACUAUUAUCAGAGUGGUGGCCGACUACGGAGACCGGUCAAUGUCCCUUUAGACGUAUUUAGUGAAGAAAUAAAAUUUUAUGAAUUAGGUGAUCAAGCAAUUAAUAAAUUCAGAGAGGAUGAAGGCUUUAUUAAAGAGGAAGAAAGACCAUUACCGGAUAAUGAGAAACAGAGAAAAGUCUGGCUGCUCUUCGAGUAUCCAGAAAGUUCGCAAGCCGCCAGAGUUGUAGCCAUAAUUAGUGUAUUUGUUAUAUUGCUAUCAAUUGUUAUAUUUUGUCUAGAAACAUUACCCGAAUUUAAGCAUUACAAGGUGUUCAAUACAACAACAAAUGGCACAAAAAUCGAGGAAGACGAGGUGCCUGACAUCACAGAUCCUUUCUUCCUUAUAGAAACGUUAUGUAUUAUUUGGUUUACAUUUGAACUAACUGUCAGGUUCCUCGCAUGUCCGAACAAAUUAAAUUUCUGCAGGGAUGUCAUGAAUGUUAUCGACAUAAUCGCCAUCAUUCCGUACUUUAUAACACUAGCGACUGUCGUUGCCGAAGAGGAGGAUACGUUAAAUCUUCCAAAAGCGCCAGUCAGUCCACAGGACAAGUCAUCGAAUCAGGCUAUGUCCUUGGCAAUAUUACGAGUGAUACGAUUAGUUCGAGUAUUUCGAAUAUUUAAGUUAUCUAGGCAUUCGAAGGGUUUACAAAUAUUAGGACGAACUCUGAAAGCCUCAAUGCGGGAAUUAGGUUUACUUAUAUUUUUCUUAUUUAUAGGCGUCGUACUCUUCUCAUCGGCGGUUUAUUUUGCGGAAGCUGGAAGCGAAAAUUCCUUCUUCAAGUCCAUACCCGAUGCAUUUUGGUGGGCGGUCGUUACCAUGACCACCGUUGGAUAUGGUGACAUGACGCCCGUCGGCUUCUGGGGCAAAAUUGUCGGCUCUUUGUGCGUGAUCGCUGGUGUGCUGACAAUCGCACUGCCGGUACCGGUUAUCGUCAGUAAUUUCAAUUACUUCUAUCACCGCGAAACGGAUCAGGAGGAGAUGCAGAGCCAAAAUUUCAACCACGUUACAAGUUGUUCAUAUUUACCUGGUGCACUAGGUCAACAUUUGAAGAAAUCCUCACUCUCCGAGUCGUCGUCGGACAUCAUGGAUUUGGAUGAUGGCAUUGAUGCAACUACGCCAGGUCUGACUGAUCACACGGGCCGCCACAUGGUGCCGUUUCUCAGGACGCAGCAGUCAUUCGAGAAGCAGCAGCUCCAGCUUCAGCUGCAGCUGCAGCAGCAGCAAUCGCAGUCGCCCCACGGCCAGCAGAUAACGCAGCAGGCGCAGCAGCAGCUGGGCCAGAACGGCCUACGAAGCACAAAUAGUUUACAGUUAAGGCAUAAUAAUGCGAUGGCCGUCAGUAUUGAGACCGACGUCUGACUACUAGUCAAACAAAUGGAAAAUGGACGAAAUUUGCGCAGUGAAAUGCUACGUUGGAUGCCAGAAACGUCAUCAAAAGCAGUCUAAUUUAGAAUUUUAUUAAUAAAUACAAUUAAAUUAUAAUUAUAAUAAUUAGUAAGCAACGUAGUUGUAAAUUAAACAGCAAAUGUACACAGACACAACACACACGAACACAAUGCCAGUUCACUCAGCUUGAAUUAGAGUAUUUGUAGACACCAAAAAAAAGUCAAAUAUGGACUGGCUUUCUAUAGGGGUUUUCCUUGUUUCUCCUUUCAUUUUCCUUCUGGUAAUCUCCACACCGAAGACACACACACACACGCCCACAUACACUCGAAGAAAAAAAACUCUACUUGAUACCUAUGUUCAAAUUUAGCAAUUAACAACUAACAAUCGUUAAUAACAACAAAACAUAAAAAACCAAAAACAAAAACGACAAAAAAAACAAACAAAACCAAAAUCUAAUUAUCUUAGUAGACUAAUCUAAUUGGAGUUUCUUCCUUUCUUUAGAAGCUAGCAAAACAAAAACAAAGGACAACAACAACCAGACAAAAACAAACAACAUACAAUAUCUGCUAAUUUUAUUUUCAUCUUUAAAUUAUGCUCUAUUAAUUAAAUAUUAGUCAGAAUAUUAGUAAAACAAACUAAACCAAAAAAAAACAAAACAAAAACAGCAACAAGAAGCCGAAACGGAAACGGAACCGGAAGAAGCUAAAGCAAACUAAAGCAAGACAAGAAGAAGAAGAAGAAUAUGGAUCGACGGUCCGUCGUCGAUAAAGCAGUGCUCCGGAAUGCUGUCUGAUAAUACAUUCUGAUAAACGGUUGUUUUUAUGAUCAAAACUCAAACAAAUUUGGGCAAAUCAAUUUUCGAAAUUUACCUCUUAUCAAUGUUUAAUGAAACGUUUUGGUUUCCUAAAGCAGUUAAACAAACUCGUUUUUCAUUGUACAACCCUGUCCGAUUGUUGAUCACUACCUACUUACUCUGAAAUGCAUCUAGCCCGAGCACUGUUUUUAUAUUUCGUUUACACAACAGACACAGCCAUACACAUAGACACAUGAGACACUCAUGAUAAUGCUAAAACAUCAAAACUGCCGUUAAGUUUAAAGAAUGAAUAAUACAAAGAUUAUAUAUAAAUAAAUAUAUAUUAAAUAUAUACAUACAUUUACAUAUAUAAUUAAAUAUACAUAAACUAAACUGCUAUUUUGUAAAUAAGUAAGUCAGAGCUGAAGCUGAACAAAUAGACAUAGACAUAAAAUAAAUAUUAAACGACAAAAAAAACCAAGAAAAAACCAACCAAAACCCAAAAUCAUAGCUAACUAAAGGGAAUACAAAAACGAACCUAAAACCAAAAAUAAGGAAAGCUGCUAACGAUACAAAAACAAUAAUUAAACUUAGCAAAUACAGACAACCGAAAACAGCCACGAAAAAAAAAACAAAACAGAAAAUGCCACAAGAAAAAAACUAGAGAAACCCCAAAGGUACCGCGCUGAUCUUUCCAUUUAGGAACCAAGAAACCAAAGAUAUGAAACCAAUUGCAAAUUUUAUAUGAGACCUAUAGAAGAAUCCUGGCUCAUCCAGUACUAGCUAUGAUCUCUUAUAGAGACCCUUGUGAUGCACACGUGCAUGGACCUGCUUUCGUUUAAUUUAGAGCUGUUUCUUAUAGUUUUAGUUUAGUUUAGUUUAGUUUGUCUUCCUUCAGCAGAGAGACAGUUAAAGCAGCUUCGAUAUUCAGGCCUAGACUUGAGAGAUAUGUAUAAAUCCUAUAUAUUUCUCGGAUCUGUUGACAGUAAGUGUCUUUCUUUUGUCUCCACUCGCCCGCACAAAAACACAGAUACCGAUACAGAUACAGAAGCUUUAUGAUCUAAUAGCUCACACCAACAUAUUCAUGAGUUGUAACUUGAUUCGCUGUCUUCCUGAUUUUUGUGAUUUGAAAAAAAAAACCGAAAUCUUCUUCGAAAUUUGAAAACGCGCAAUCUAGCGACUUCAACUUUUGUCAAUUUCCUAGAAAACGACAAGAAGAUAAAAUAAAAUAAAAAAAUAAGAAAACAGAUAGGAAAAUCGUUAGAAGAUUAAAACCAAACUAUCAAUUUCAAUUUGCAUGCGCAUUCGAUAUAUCAAUUCUAUACAACAUAAGAUACAGAUACGUACGAACUGCUUCCACUGCUUCGCUGUGCAGUGCAUGGUGCCGAAUGUUAGCGUGCAAAUCGAUCGAUCGAAGUCAUAUCUAAAUUUCUCUAUACCUAGAAUCCUACCUACAAAGCUUCGCUUCUACUGCUCUUGCUAACCAAAACGAAAACGAAGUGCGAAGGUCGAAACAGAGGGGGAAGAAAUUACUUUGGACCACAGAAGAAACAUCUCACAGAACAAAAAUCUAUGAAGUGAGGGGUACGACAGAUGGGGAAUGGGAAUACAAGAAUACCAGAAUACCAGAAUACCAGAACACAGAAUACCAAGCCGAGAACUAAGCUAGCGCAGGCAUAUAUACACACACACAUAUAAGAUAUUUAUAUAUAUUCGGAUAUAUAUAUGAGUACGUUUUUUUGUUAGAUAUGCGACUGAUAAAAGUUUUUAUUGAUUUGCUGCUUGUUGUAAUUAAGAAGAAUUUAAACCAAUAUUUAUACCGAAGCAAUCUGUAAAUAUGUAAAAAAGAAAAAGAAAAAACCGAAAAAAACGGAAAACCAAGCAAAAAAAGAGAGCGGGAGGAAAAUAACGUUAAAUAAAUCGAAUCAAUUUACAGCUUUGAAAACCGUCCACACGCACACAGCAAACGAAAGCGAAGAGGAGAGCGAUAGCGAUAGCGAACGAGAAAGAGCAGGAGAGGGCGACGCCGAACAGAGUGGGAGGCGGAGGAGAGCGGCGCAGCAGCAGAGGGACAGAGAGGGAGAAUCGACUAGAGCCGGAAGACAUUCUUACGUAUACUUGAUUUGGCCUUAAGGACACACGCCUGCUUGCACACACACUCACUCAGCCACCCACACACUCCGAUCGGCCGUAUGCAUGUGUCCGCAUAUGUAGCAUACUUUUUUGUACGAGCCGCGCACUCACGUCAAGUCCCGGCCCAUCCAUUAGCCUUUUGUAUUAGCGGACUCGCGGAUCUAUGGGUCUAGGGAUUUCUGGAUUAUUGGAUCAUUGAAUCAUUGGAUCCUCGGAGCCAGGUCCGAGUCCAGUUCGGUUUUGGUUCGUUCGAUUCGUUGAGAAGUUGAGAAGUUCUCGGUCGGCCAAUCGAUUAGGUAAAACCAAUGAGCAAUAACAAAAGAUACCACAAGAUUGCAUAUGAAAUACUCUUAAUAUUAACUACGGUAAUUACACAAUAAUCUCUAUAUAGACAUACAAAUAAUAAUACAAUUAAAAACAUAUCGUCUUCAAGUCAUGCAAACGGAAAACCAAAUUCAAAAUAUUUUUUUUUUAUAAGCGUAAUUUACAAACUAAUAUUAAACCGAGAAAUCGCUAGGAAAAUGAAGCUUACUAUUAAAAACCAACAAAAAAAGAAAGGAAGGCAGAGAGACCGCAGCGUAGCAAGGAUAGAAAGCGUUAGAGAGAGGGCAUUAGGAGGAGAGGAACCAACUUGGCCAGACUACAACCGAAAGUGAUAUAAACCAAAAACAAGAGUCGCAAAAAACCAAAAAAAGCAAACAAAACCUAUUAACGAAGUAAAGACAACUUGCCAAAUAAUUAAGGGUAUUAGAGAGCGGAAGCAGGAGUGAGCCGGAAGUGCAGUGGAGAGGGAACUAUGUUAAGUUGUAGCGGAGGUAAUGCCUAGGAUCAAGUACAGUCUGCAGAGUCCAGCUACUUUCCAGCCAAGUCUAGCUUGCCCCUUCCAGUAGAGCCCCUCCCCAGUAGAGCCCGCCCAGGUCCGGGAAUCGCAGAUUCUUUCGUUGCUCGUUUCAGGAUCGAUGAGGGGGACAGAGAAGCCGGAGGAGAAGCGAAUAAAAUGAAUAAAAACAAAGACUGGAAUAAACAAAUAAAGAUCACAAACAAUAUAUAUACACACAGCCGCGGGACUACCACGCCUGUAUGUCACCAGUGUUCGCUGGCCAGGGGUUGAUCGCUCAGAUCAAUCAGCUGGGCCAACAUAAACACAUAUGGGCGUGCUAGUUCCAGACCAUCACUCAGUUCCAAUCAAUCCAAUCCAAUUCAAUUCAAAUCAAAUGAAAUCAGUCUUCAUUCUCGAUUUCGAUUCGAUUCCAUUCCGAGUCUUCAUUUCGAUUCGAUAAAGUGCAACUACCAGAACAAAUAUAUUUAGCUCAAGCAUGCGAAAUACAAGAAUAAUGAUAAAUGCAAGUAAAUUAUGAUAACUAUGCCUAGAUAAUGCCACACACCCCACACAGAGAGCAACGUAUUAGGCCCAGAUCAAGUAGGAGGCAGGACGGGUAGGUUGGAGGAUUGAGGAUUGAAAGGCAGUAGGGUAGAUCCGGUUGAGCUGGGAAAGAGUUAGCAUUACGAAUGCGGUAGUCACUCCAUGUAAAUUAUGCGUACAACAAUAAUACAAACAAAUAGCAAGAACAACAGAGGUGGGCAUAUGGAAAAACUACUUAUGAAUUAAUGCUAAACAAAUUUACAUAUUAAACGUAUACAUAAAUAACACCUAAGUAAAUAAAGAUUAUGACAGAUAAAACGCCGCAGCAAUUAUAAAAUAUAUAUAUAUAUAUGUAUAUAGUAUAUAUAUACAUGUAUAUAUAUGUUGUUAAGAUUCUAAAUGAAAUGUUUUAUAAAUAGUUAAACCAAAAACCAAAGAGAAGAAAAUGAUUAUUAUACAUUAAAUACGAGAGAAGCGAAACCAAAAGCAGAUAAUGAUAAACACACACACACAGCUAGGAGGCAAACAGAGGCAAACAAAACAGAACAACAAACAAGAACACACAAGGAGAAACAACACCAAACUACAAUAAGCAACAAACAACAAACAAAGAACAAAGAACAAACAAACAAACAAACAAGGCGAGCAAGCACAAAAUCUUGAAUUUGACUUUCGAUCAAUUUAAAGCCAGGGAUUAAAAUCCAGAACACAAGCCAAGGUGUCGAAGCCCGAAAUCAAUUUUUACAAUCAUUGUAAAUUUAAACAAACAGAUUGGCUCUCAAAUCAAAGCAGCUUACAAAACGAACAAUUAAAGUGAAUAAUAACGUAUAGAAAACGAGAACCACACACAUGCUCAACACACAUACAUACACACACCCACACAGACAGAGGCAGACACACGUUACUUUAUGAACAUAAAACAAAUUAAAUGGAAAGUAUAUAAAAUAAAUUAUGCUAAAAGGAAAAUUCAAAA